AUUUUGUGCAUGUGACCUCUAGUUAUUUAAUAUCUCUGGCCAAGUAGCUCAGAGCAUUGUCCCAAUAAGACAAGGUUGCAGGUUUGAUCCCUGGUCAGGACACAGAAGAAAGUGAGGAAACUAAAGUGUUCAUAAACUUAAAGUAAGUGUAACGAAGGGGGUUGGGUAAACACAUACUAUCCUAGUUAAUCAGAUGGUAAGAUGAUGAAAGUUCUAGCGGAAAGAACCGCAGUCAGACAUGGAGUGUUUAGGUCCAAAUACAGUGGAGAGUCAUCAAGGGCAGGGCUGGGUUUUCAGCAAGUGACUGAUGUGAACUGACUUGUGACCUAACAUUUCAACUGGCUGAUUUUUCUGGAGGGCCGGCAAGAAAGUUAAGGUGGUGUCAUCCAGUUGAUUGGCAAGGAACUUAGAGCACCAGUGGUGGUGGAGAUGUAAAAAAAUGAACAGGCUUGAUUGUCUCACUGCUUCACUCAUCAACUCACUUUGAACAGACUUGCAGGUCAUCAAACCCAUCUCGAUCUUGGUAGAGAAACAUGACCGAUAUUGAAAUAAGUACAAGGUAUUUUGAAGGCAGAGCUGACUGUAGCUGGGAUUGGAUGUGCAAGACGAGGGACUAAAGAACCAGAGCUUACUAUCUAUCAGGGCUGCCCUGGACCAACUCCCCACUCUACCACAACCUGUAAGCUCCAUUAUGAUUGGGCCGCAUCUCUGCUCAACGUGGUCCACUUUAACGUGGAUGAACGAUGGGUUUGGAGGAGGAAAUCAAACAGGAGCUCAGAUGUUUGUUAAAUAUUGCUUUGUUUUGAAGAGGGAAAAUGCCGCCAACACACACCCAGUCUAGGCGAGGUACCCACCUUGGCCUUUCCACUCACUCUCUCCCCUUUGUCCUCUCUAUGGCUGUCUAGUAUAAUGGCUGUCCCUACAGCGCAGGGACUGGCACAGUUAACGGCCCAGAGGAGGUGCGUGGCAAAGACCGACUCCUGCCUCUGCGCUCUGCAGCGCCAAGCGGCCGCGCUGGGGCUGCUACCGCGCUCCCACCUCACCACUGCCUCCUGCGCCUGCCCAGCCGCGACGCGAGGGCGGGGUUUGGAUGCCGAGUGUGGGCGGAAGUUGCCGAGAGUCUUCGGGGAGCUUUCACUAGACGCUCGGUGGGCCCCACCGAGAGGCGGAAGUCACCGAGGAGCGCCGGAGGGUGCCGAGCUGCGGCCUCUGCGUUCGCGGGUGGCCGGCGGCGCCAGUUGCCAUGGAGCCGGCCGGGCCCUGCGGUUUCUGCCCGGCCGCCGAGGCCCAGCCGGCGCGCUACGUCUGCCCCCGCUGUAACGUGCCCUACUGCUCGCUGCGCUGCUACCGGGCGCAUGGCACCUGCGCCGAAGACUUCUACCGGGACCAGGUGCUGGGAGAGCUCCGCGGCCGCAGCGCCUCUCCCAGCCGCCUAGCCAGCGCCCUCCGCCGGCUGCGCCAGCAACGCGAGACCGAGGACGAGCCGCAGGACGCAGGCCUCAGCCCGGGCCCGGCGCCCGGCGGCCUCUUGGGACUCUGGGAGCGGCUAUCCCCGGCCGAGAAGGCGGCCUUCGAGCAGCUGCUGAACCGUGGCGAGGCCGGGCGGCUGCUGCCCCCGUGGCGGCCGUGGUGGUGGGGGAGCGGGGCCGGGCCACGACUUCUGGAGGAGCUGGAUGAUACCGCGGGCGGGGAGGCCGCGGAGCUGGAGCCCGACCCUGCGAAGGCGCCGCCAGAACCCGCGAGGGAUGCGGCUGCCGCGGAGUCCCCGGCCGCCGCGGAGACGGCUCUCGGAGACGCCCCGGGGGCCUGCACGCCCGCUGUGCCCGCCCGGAUCCCCACGCUGGCCAGCCUGAGCCGCGGCAGGGUCUCGCCGCUCGUGCGCUUCCAGCUGCCCAACGUGCUGUUCGCCUAUGCGCACACCCUUGUCCUGUAUCAUGGCGGCGACGAUGCGCUGCUCGCCGACUUCUGUGCCACGCUGCUCGGCGUUUCGGGAGCCCUGGGUGCCCAGCAGGCCUUUGCCUCUGCCGAAGAAGCCCUGCAGGCCGCCGCUCACGUGCUUGAAGCGGGCGAGCAUCCCCCGGGGCCCCUGGGCACACGGGGUGCCAUGCGCGAGGCCGCCCGCAUCCUGCUGGGCGAGGGCCCUGCCAACCAGAAGGGCUACACGCUGGCAGCCCUGGGGCACUUGGUGCAGACUCUGGGCCGGGCCCGGAAACGGGCCGAGGCUACUGAGGUGCGAGAUCGCCUCUACCGGGCCCGAAAGAAGUGCCAGUUCCUGAUGGCUUGGACCAACGAGAAUGAGGUGGCCCUCCCAGCCCUGGCUCUGGACUGUGCCAGGGCCCACCGAGCUCACGCUGUAGCGGCGGAGGAGGUGGCAGCCCUCACUGGGGAGCUGGAGCGGCUUUGGGGAGGUCCCCUACCACCUGCCCCGAGGACGCUCAUUGAGGAACUCCCUGGCUGAACUGUGGGCUCCUUGUCAUCAAUAAACCUGAGAAUGGUCUGA